GAAAACAAAGAAAUAAGGAAGAAAAGAGAUAGAAAGAGGAGAAGGGUGAAAAUUGACAAUUGUUUUGUUAUUAUAUCCUGCCCGCGUCCCUAAAAUUAAAUCCUGCCCGCGUCCCUGAAUUUGGUACAGUAUAAAAGGAUGAGGCAACAAUGAACGUUUUUGCAGUCCAGAGGUAAACGAAGCUUCUAAAUGGCUAAUAUUUCAUCAACCACUGUAUUUAUAGUGAUUUUGCUGCUAUGUGUUUCAGCAGCCGUUGCAGCAACAGCUAAGCUUCGAUCCCCUGCUGCUAAUAUCUGCAAAUCACUGGUGGAGACACAAGGCUAUAUUUGCCAAGAACAUAAAGUGACAACAAAAGAUGGCUAUGUUCUUGGGGUGCAGAGGAUUCCAAUGGGGAGGUCCGCAAAUAAGACGGCAAAUAAUAAACCCCCUGUUUUAUUACAACAUGGUCUUUUGUUGGAUGCUGCAACAUGGUUGCUGGGUUCCCCUGAUGAAGCUUUGGGGUUUAUAUUGGCGGAUCAUGGAUUUGAUGUUUGGCUUUCCAACACUCGAGGGACAGCUUCGAGCCGCGGUCAUGCUUGGCUUAAUCCUCAAGAUCCGGAAUAUUGGGAAUGGUCAUGGGAUGAACUUGCUGAAUAUGAACUUCCAGCGUUGUUUGAGUAUGUGUACCAUCAAACAGGGCAAAAACUUUAUUACGUUGGGCAUUCCUUGGGAACUUUGAAUGCUUUUGUUGCCUUGUCUAAAGGCAAGCUCGUAAAUAUGCUAAGAUCAGCUGCUAUGCUAACUCCAGUCGCUUAUCUGGGUCAGAUGACUUCACCGGCUUUUAGAAGUAUUGCUGAACUAUUUUUAUCUGAAAAACUAUACUCGUUAGGUGUUCGAGAGUUUAUUCUAAAGGGGCAGGAUGUGGCCAAACUUCUGCAGUUUGUAUGUUUAAAAGCGGAAAUUAACUGCUCAGACACAUUUACUGUUAUAACAGGCCCAAAUUGCUGCAUCAAAAAAUCGACCGUGGAUUCUUUUCUUGGUAUCGAACCCCAGUCAACUGCAACUAAGAACGUGAUUCACUUGAGCCAGAUGAUAAGAAGGGGAACCUUAACAAAGUAUGAUUAUGGUAAUGUGUAUGAGAAUGUGAAAAGUUAUGGGCAGAUUACUCCUCCUGCGUACAACGUAAAAAGCAUUCCGAAAGAUGUACCUCUUCUCCUCAGCUAUGGAGGAAAGGAUACACUUACUGUUGUUAAUGACGUGAAGAUUUUGCUCGAAGACCUCAGAGAUCAUAAAGCAGAUAAGCUGGUUUUACAGUACAGGGAUGACUAUGCUCAUUUUGAUUUCAUUGUUGGUUACAAUGCUAAUAAACUUGUGUAUGAUCCUCUAAUAGCUUUCUUCAUGCUUCAUUGAUAAGUUUCUUAGACAAUUUUAUUUUUAUUUAUUUUUAUUUUUUUGGGGAUAUUGGGGUGAGGGAUUCAUUAUACCACUGGCAGAAACAACUCCAAAAUUUUGUUGUUUUUAUACUGUACAAUUUUUUUUGGUGGCCUUCUGGCAAAAUCAUGUUGCAAAAUAAUGGUAUGCAGGUGGAUGUCGGUUCUUCUAUA